AUGGCACAUCGAACACACCAUAUAUUUUGGCCCAUUCGCUAAACCUCUGGCUAAACCUCUGGAAAAAGUGAGAAGCUGUCGGAGUCCGGCUACCAUCAUGUAUCCAAGAGAGACCGCUGUGAGAGACGCAGCACAGAUCUUUACUGGGAAAGAAGAAGGAGGCGAAAAUAAUGAGGCAUACCAAGUUUAUUAUAAGAGAGACUUGAAUCAAGCCGAGCACGAUUUCAAUUGCGAUGCCGCUGUCCUAGUGCACGGCGCCGAAAUGGACGGACUAGCCCAAAACGAGAAAUUUGACUACAAAGCAAGGAUGCAACUUUUGAAUCGUCAAGUCCACAAGAUGAGGGCAGCAACCGG